AUGACGCAGGGCGGGGGCGUGCCCGAGAUGCGCGCUGCGCAAGGCUGCUUGUUGUUCCCGCAGAGAGGCGAGAAGAUGGCGGCCGUGUCAAGCGGAGGUGCUGCUGGGUCCACUGUGCCCGGGAUUACGCACUCUGCCCGACCGACCCACGCAGUUAUGGGCUCCCAGAACCGAGGCCAGCCAUCCUCCGGGAUCAGCCACCCCAGUCGCACCAGCACGACCACUGGGUGCAUCACCAGUCCUGGCCACACUUCGGCCACCAGGCCCCCCCCAGCUCGAGUGGGCCACUAUGAAAUCGAGCGGACCAUCGGCAAGGGGAAUUUCGCGGUUGUUAAACUAGCCACGCACGUCAUUACCAAAGCAAAGGUGGCUAUAAAAAUAGUGGAUAAGACCCAGCUGGAUGAUGAGAACCUGAAAAAGAUCUUCAGAGAGGUGCAAAUCAUGAAGUUGCUGAAACACCCCCACAUCAUCCGCCUCUACCAGGUGAUGGAGACGGAGAGGAUGAUCUAUCUGGUAACGGAGUACGCCAGCGGUGGAGAGAUAUUUGACCACCUGGUGGCUCAUGGGCGUAUGGCAGAAAAAGACGCCAGAAAGAAGUUCAAGCAGAUUGUGGCAGCGGUGCACUUCUGUCACUGUCGCAACAUCGUCCACCGAGACUUGAAGGCAGAGAAUCUGCUCCUGGACCACAACCUCAACAUCAAAAUCGCAGAUUUUGGCUUCAGUAACUUGUUUUCUCGAGGCCAGCUGUUGAAGACAUGGUGUGGCAGCCCUCCCUAUGCUGCACCGGAGCUUUUUGAGGGGAAAGAGUAUGAUGGUCCAAAAGUAGAUAUAUGGAGCUUAGGUGUGGUGUUAUAUGUUUUGGUGUGUGGCGCCCUGCCUUUCGAUGGCAGCACUCUACAAAAUUUGCGGGCACGUGUCCUCAGUGGGAAAUUCCGCAUCCCCUUCUUCAUGUCCACAGGUAAUAAUUUCGUUUACCGGCUUCCAAUAUCCUUCAUAGGGUGA